AUGUCCGCCCCGCGCCGGACGGAUCCCGCCGCCGCCCGCAGCCAACCACGUCGUGCCACGUGGCCUCCUCCUCCGCCCACCGCCGCCAGCCCGCUCGGCCCGUGUCAGGCCCGCGGGGCCCGAACCACGCGCCGCCGCUCGCCCGCGGGUGCCCCACGCCCGAGCCCGCGGCUCCGCCCGCCGGCGCCGCCCAGCUCCUCCCGCCGACGCGCCCCGCCGCCCUUCGCCGCCGCCCGUUCUGCGCGCCGCCGGCCGGUGAGCCCCGGCGCUCGCAUCGCCUCCCCACGCCCGGAUCCGGCCGCCCCGGGGCCAGAUCCGCCCCUGCCGCCCGUCCCCGUUCGCAGGAGCUCACCGGAGCUUCGCCGGCAUCGCCUCGUCGCCAGAUCCGGGCGGGUGGACGAGAUCCACCCGUCCCAUGAUCCAAACGCGCCUCCGCCCGUCCCGGAUCCCUCCGUCCUGCACCCCCUCGUCCAGUCUUUCGCGGGGUAA